AUGACGGUGCCAACGUCAUCGACAACAUCAAGAACCACCACUACCGAACCAACCACAACGACACCCACGACAAUGAUGACCACAUCCACACCGAUCUCAACAACCACUUCUACUAUACCGACCACAACAACCACAUCCACAAUGGCCGCAACAACAGAAUUGUCAACGACAGCAUCAACAACCACACCCACCUUCACGACAACCACCACGGCUCCAAUGUCAUCGUCAUCAUCAACGCCCAUUACCGAACCAACCACGGUGACGAUAACCACACCCGCACCGAUCACAACAGCCACUUUUACCAUACCGACCACAACAACAACCACAGCCACAACGGCCUCAACAACAGAAUUGUCAACGACAGCAUCAACAACGACACCCACAACGACGACUACCGCAUCCACAGCGGCCCCAACAACAACAUCUUCAUCGACAGCAUCAACAACGACAGCCACAACGACGACUACAGCAUCCACAGCGGCCCCAACAACAUCUUCAACGACGGCAUCAACAACGACACCGACAACGACGACUACCGCAUCCACAGAGGCCCCAACAACAACAUCUUCAACGACGGCAUCAACAACGACACCCACAUCGACGACUACCGCAUCCACAGAGGCCCCAACAACAACAUCUUCAACGACGGCAUCAACAACGACACCCACAACGACGACUACCGCAUCCACAGAGGCCCCAACAACAACAUCUUCAACGACGGCAUCAACAACGACACCCACAACGACGACUACCGCAUCCACAGAGGCCCCAACAACAACAUCUUCAACGACGGCAUCAACAACGACACCC